UGAGAGGACCAGACAGCAGGGUGGAGAGAGAGGGUGAGUGUAUGUAUUGCCAGAAAGAGAGAGAGAGAGAGAGAGAGAGAGACAGAGAGAGAGAGAGAGAGAGAGAGAGAGGAUAGCAAGGCAGCUAGAGAGCUCGAGGGAGACGAUAGAGUGGGAGUGAUAGCGAGAGCUAGAUAAUGGAGGUGCAGUCUGAGUGCGUAGAGCCUCCUGUGGCCCCUCAGUGUGACCCCCAGCCCACUGGGAAGAUCAACAAAGCUGCCUUCAAACUCUUCGGAAAACGACGCACCGGCUCCGGGAUGGCCAGCUUCUUCUCCUUCAGGAACAAAGGGGCCACAAACAGCGGGAGCAACGGGAAUUCUGACAAUGGGAGUUCUUUGAAUGGGAAUGGCUCGGCGUCGGAGCUCGUUAGGAGUAAAACCCAUGAUGGACUAAUAGGCUCAACCAACGACACUGAUGGACAGAGAGGGGACGGGCUCGCCAGCCUGGAAGCAGGACCCGUGAGGUCUCUCAGUAAAUCCCUGAGUUUCUUCUCUCUACUCCGACGUGGGAGCUUUAGGAAUAGUGAAAAUGGGGGGUCGGGACUUGUUAGAAGAGGGAGGGGCCUAAAGGGCUUCUUCAGCAGCAUGCGAUGGAGACGAAAGGAAAAAACGAACGAGGGAGAUGGGGUAGAGGUGGAAGGUCCCAAGGAGAAGGAUGGAGAUAGUACCCACUCUGAGAAGGUAAAGGAUAUUACUCUCACCCUUGAACCACCUCCGCAUCAUCACCAAGAAGAUGGUGGGAAUGCAGAGGCAGAGCCUAACCUCCGAGCAACAGAGACUCCCAUUACUACUGUUACCAUGACACCACCACACUGUGUUGCCAUGACAGGGCCAUCUGUUGAACCAGACUCCCCCGUUCCUUACACACCCACUGACUCGCCGCUGCGGCCGACCAUUCAAAAAGCCAAAGCCUCAAUUUCCAGCCUCACCCCCUCUCUUGCUUCGCCCCCCUUGGACCGCUGCAGCACGGGUGACCCACCCUCGGAACCUUCGGUGGACAGACUCUGCUCUCUUCUCUUCAAUGACGUCACAUCCCUAAAGAGCUUUGAUUCACUGACAGGCUGUGGGGACAUUACUGCCGAUGCAGACGAUGAGGGUCCGGCGGGUAAUGGGGGCAGUGGCACGAGCAGCAGCAGUAGUGGCGGAGGAGGGGGGCCUGUGGGAGCAAGUGUUGGGAGAGCGGUUGGUGUCGAUAGUGCCACAUCCCGUGGAUCCCCGUCCAAACCGCCUCUACCCUCCCAGCUGAGCCAGCCCAUCUACUCUGUUUCCUUAAGCUCAGGGCAUGCCUCCCUCCCAGCCAGGACUCGGGCUCCACCUCCACCACAGCAGCACUCAGCUGGUAGUGGUGUGGUGGCUUACAUGGGUGGAGGGGAAGAAAUGGCAAGUCCAGAAGGAGUGGACGAUGCAGACAUGCAAGGGCUCUGGCACAUGCUGCCCUCCACGGGGGACAACUCUCCGGCUUUGCCCAGAUUGCACCAACCUCCCUCCACCACCCCUACUUCCACGUAUCCCCCUCGCUCCAACCCCUCAAGCAGCCACCUUUCUCUAGCCUCCAGGAUUUCAGAACGGAAGGUACCCCAGGUGAAGGCAUUGGGGCUCAGCAAAAUUCCAGUCGUCGGUGGAGCUGCGGUCCGUCCAGCUAAAACCUCCCUCCCUCACCCACAUGGCCGCCAUCCAACAUCACCUGGGGAGAAAGAGCCACUCAGUGAUGAGGGCUACUGGGACACACCCUCAGCAACACCCACAGCGACGCCUGAUGAGAGCAGGCUGCAGCGUAACCAGAGGAUUGCCCUAUCACGCGACAGCUACUCUGGAGACCAACUGUAUGACCUUUACGAUGAACCUGAGGAGCAUCAAGAUGAUGAAGAACUGGAAGGAGAUGACGAUCUAAACAGUACCCCUUCUCCAUCUACUGAGUACAAACUGAGCCCCACAUCCCAAACAACUCCUCCUUCUUCCUCCUCCUCUUCUUCAUUUCGAUCGAUGAAAGGCAGCGCCAGCCUUCCACGGGACUCCAAAAUCCCAGUAAGCAACAAACAGUCGUCACCACCCCACUCUGUGAGCCAGUCAGCCCUGUCGUCCGUCCUGGAGGCUGAAUCCCAACCACCAAAGACCGAAGCGCCCCCCCCAGUUCGCACCAGAAUCCCUGUAUCCAAGGUGCCUGUCCGUCGAUCUGGAAACAAACCCGGCAGCAGAGGAACUGUCCAAAAGAAGUAGUUUCCGUCAAACUGGUAGUUCUCCCCCACUAAUGUCUGGGCUUGAGUUUGUACCUUGCUACGGUGCAGUUUAUGCACAGCCAAAAGAUUUCCCACAGGCAGAAAAAUGUUGAGCUGUGGAGUUAACAGCCUAUAAAUUCCUCUCAAAUCUUAAAAGCACUCACUCCUUAAGUGUUUUGGCUUUCGACGACUAGAAUGAGUGGGUUUGUUCACUUGAGAAAGUCACGAGGAGACUCCAAAAAGCUGGGUUCACACUUCAUGGCCCCUCGCAGGAACAUUGGAGGUUGACUCUUGACAAUCCAUGGCCAUGCAAUAGAGACAUUUGCCUUGUAGCUUCCUGGAAAAGCUCCUGACCUACUGACACUUGGAUUCAGCUCAAGACUGCACACUGCGAUAAAGAGGGAGAAAAAAACGCAGAGCACCUUUUUUAUAUCUCCUGUUUUCUUAUGGAAUUCCAGAUUGCAUAACUCAAUUUGCUCAGAAGGACCUAAUCUAAAUGAAGUUUUUCUAGUUGUUUUGAGUUUGUCAUCUUGUUUAAUCAGUAACAAAGUACCUCCUAAUCCUCUGAAUUUAGAGCCAAAGUUUGACGUCCUCUAAUAGUCUGGAAUAAACUCAACAACAUCCA